UCUUAUCCUAAUUUAUAUCUAUUCAUUGAGACCAUACCUUUUUUCUAUCCAGAACAAUUGUUCUUUGACAUUCUUGAUGAACAAGAAAACCCAAGGACUUGUUUAAAGACUGCUGCACUUUGGAUCUUCGGUGAAAUCGAGUAACAAAGCAAAUUUGGGGGUCAAUUAUAAUAGCCAUGGACGGGGACGAGAAUAACCCUGUUCAGAAUCCCUCAAUUUCUCCGUCAUCAUCUUCUUCUUCUGAUUUCUGUGGUGGUGACUUUUUUUCCUCAGAAGAAGAAGAAGAAGAGCACGUGUCCCCAUCAUGUGACGAACCCUUGCAAACUAUGUCAGCCCUUCUUCAGGAUCUUCCUUUCAAAAAAGGGUUGUCAAAGCAUUACAAUGGGAAGUCACAAUCGUUCACAUCAUUGACAAACGUGAGGAGCGUGGAGGAUCUGGCAAAGCCGGAGAACCCAUACAACAAGAGGCUCAAAGGAUGCAGGAGCUACGCGGGAUUGUUUCUGGAAGGCUGUAAGAGAAGCAGUUGUAAUGGAGGGAUCUUGAAGAAAUCUUCAACAAGAGCAGGAGGAGGAGGGUUCUGUUCAUCCCUCAGCUCAUCAAGAAAAAAUGGCAGCGGGAAGAACAGGCUCCCUCCUCCUCCUCCAGCUUCAGCUGCCAACUUUGCUAAUCAUACCCCUCUCUUCGCUUGAUCCAGAUUAUAUAAAUGAACUCCUACUGAUUAUUGCCCGGAUUAGGUUCUGAUGUUCAUGUCUGGCUGGUUUAUUAUAAUAAUAAUUAUUGUUAUUAUCAUGUAGCAAUGAUGACUAGGGAUGCUUUCCAAUUUUCCGUUGCUAUAUUGCUUUUAGAAUCCGUUUUCAAAAUUAUGGGUUCUUACUAUGACAUAUUUUUUCACUAUAGAUCAGAGUAUUUGCGGGGUGACUGACUUUAUAUGAGCAAGAUCAUUGUGCAUUUUGUGAUUAUUCUUUUUUCCAGUUUGAAUACUGAUGGCUGAUACUACUUUUACUAGUGAAUUGGUCCAAGAUUAAAUGUCGAUCCCAG